GUCAUUUGAGGUUUUGGUUAUUGCUUGUUUGUUUUGUUCGAAACAACGAAUUCACACCGACUAGGACAAAAGCCCGUAACUAUUUGUCGGCUACCUCUGAGUCACGUGACCAGGAGGCGGGACGUGUCAGGCUGUAGAUCAACAGGUAAAAACAAGGUGAGUUAACACAAGAGAGCUGAAGAUCGCGACAUCGAGAAACAUUAAAUACGCAAGCCCUUACUACCAUGGAUGGGACCAACCUGACACGACUUUCUGCUAUGUGACCACUUGUGUUUAUUUAUACGUGUUGUGUUUCAAAUUGCCAUCGAAACAGGACAGAAUUGCCGGCCAUCAACGCGACGAUGAACCCUAUAAGCAGCGGGCGCAAAGCGCUGGGGAAACUUGCGGCGCGCCUGGAGGAGGUGAAGAACCCAUGGCGGCCCUCAUCCACGUUAGAGCUGAGCCAUAACGAAGCGGCGCGUCUCGCCACGGAUGCGCUUCUAGAGUCUGGAGAGAAGGAAUACCGGCGGGUUUUGACCGUGGAGAAAGAGCUCAACUUUCUGUCCGCUCAUGAAAUUCGCUAUAUAACCGAACAUGCGGCAAAGUCCGGGGAUCCCGAGAACGGCUCGAAUGGCGUGGGGGACUUUGGAGAAGGAGACACGGCUUCAGAGCUCACUUCGGGAACUUAUUUCCCUAUGAUGUCAGAUGAAGAGCCGCCUAUGCUUGAGCUCGGCUGGCCUGAAGUGACCAACCGCCACGGCCCCAGUGAGACCCAGAUCUUCUUCCAAAGAGACAAGUCGCAAAAUGUCAAAGAUCUGGUCCGAUCUCUGAUCAGUAAAGCCAAGAAGGUCAUUGCGUUGGUCAUGGACAUAUUCAGUGAUGUGGACAUAUUCUGUGACUUGCUUGAGGCCUCUCACAAACGGAAGAUUCCUGUGUAUAUUCUGCUUGAUGAGAAGAAUCUCAGUUAUUUCACUGAUAUGUGCAAUGUACUAGAAAUCCAGCACUCACACUUAACUAAUAUGCGAAUACGUAGCGUAUGUGGAGACACGUAUUGCACCAAAAGUGGGAAGAAAUUUACAGGACAGGUCCAGGAAAAAUUCAUGAUCAUUGACUGCGAGGAAGUAAUAGCUGGAUCAUACAGUUUUACCUGGUUGUCUGCUCAGGUGCACAGCAACAUGGUUUUGCACUUUUCAGGACGCAUUGCUGAAAGCUUCGAUAGGGAAUUCCGUUGCCUAUACGCAGACUCACAAAUCAUUGAGCAUUUCUAUAACCCUGAUGAGGAAGGUCUUCCCCACUUCAAUUACAUGAUGCCCAAUAUAGACUUCCAAGACAGAGGAAAUAGAGAGAGGGAAAGGGUUAGCUCAGAAAACUCCAGUAGCCAGUCCAGCAACAGCAUCUCCAGCAUUAAAGCAGCUCCAGGUUUAACCUCUCAAGUCUAUAAGGUCAACCAGGAAAAGAAGGACACUGGCACAAACAAGAGUGCAGAGAAGCGGGGUGUUUUAAAUUCAGGACAUCAGAUGCCUCAAGGAAGUAACAUUGGCGGGUUGUGCCACAAUGAUUCCCUGCAGAAUUCAGAAGUGGAAUGUUCUGGAGUGGAAUGGACCAAAGCAGGAACCUUCCAAACCAGCCUUGCAGGACCAACGUCCAAAUUUCAAGCAUUGGAUCUCUAUGACCACAAAAAUGUAUUUCAAACUGCUACCAAAGCACAGCCGAAUCCUUUAAUGGAGAACAAACCACCCAAAGUACGUAGUCCUACCAGUCCUCUUUUUAACAAAUUCACUGACCUCUUCUCUUCGUCAGCCAAGGACAAGGACCCCCAUGUAUUAUAUAAGCCGCCACCGUAUACUGCAGCUUUUGGGGGUCCAGAUCUCUCACAAAAUGAGCCAGAGAGUAGUCAGAGUCCUCCUCCACCAGCACCUUUGCCCAAGGAACGAAUAGGCCAGGAUUACAGAAUCACUCGGGGGGAUGAGAAGCGAAUGACACUGGGACACAGCAAACUAGACCUGGUCAACUACUACAACAAGAUGAAAUCAAAGCAGGUGUACAGCCGCUUUGAACUGAAGAACAAUUGACCUUGUCUCACCUAUUCUAAUACCUCUUGGCCUAGACAUAUUCCAUAUUCCACUAGAAUUUAAGCCUUCUGUAAAAUAUUAUGAGCCUGUAAACAUUUUUUUUUUUACCAGGUUUACGAUUUACAGUGAGUACUGUAUAUUAAAUUGCUGUAUAUAAGGCUGGUGUAUAGCAUUAUUUAACCGGUGCAUUUUCUGACAUUAAAGGUGUUAUAGAAUUCUGUAAUUAUUGUGGCAAGCAAGAAUGUUAGUAGAAAAAAGGUAUGAAUCUAUUAAGAGGAAUAGUUCUUUGCGUUAUUUGUGAUAUUUCAUUACCAAGCUUUCCAGUCUUCCAGAUGUUUCUGUAUUUAUACUAGCCAUAUUGAGACUUUCAACUGUAAAGAAACUGAAGUAACUCAAACAUCUAACAUGCUAUACACUCACCAUCUACUUUGGUGAGUGUAUAGCAUCUACUACCUGUAUACCUUCUCAUUUAUGCAGUUCUUAAAGCAUGUGGCAGCUGCACAGCAAUGCAUAAAAUCAUAGAGAUAUAGGUCAAGAAGUUAAUGUGCAUAUCAAACAUCAGAAUGGUGUGACCUCUGUGACUUUAACUUCUGCUAUUGUACCUCAUCCACCUCAAAGUUCAAUGUUUUGUGUGGGCUGAGAUGCUUUAUUGCACAACAGGUUUGUAAUAAUAUGUGAGUUACUGUCUUCUUCCUGGCUGUUCAAACCAAUCUGGUCAUUUUCUUCUAUCUCUUUUAUCAGCACUGUGUUUCCAUCUGCAUAAUUCAGGUAUACUCUAGAGAGUGUGGUAAAUGCAAAUCCAAGGAGUUUCUGAAAUACUCAAACCAGCCUAUCUGGCACCAAUAGCCAUGUGACACUUAAAGUUUUCCCCAUUUUGAUGUAUGAUGUGUACAUCAACUAAAGCUUCUUUCCUGUAUCUGUAACUUUUUAUGUAUUGUGCUGAUGCCAUAUGAUUGGCUGACUGGGUAGCUGCAUAUAGGAGCAUGUGUACACGUUUUCCUAUUAAAGUGAAUAAUGGGCAUAUAGCUAAAUUUCAGUGUAGAUCAGUUUAAGUGUGAAUGUCUUGGUUAUUUAUGUGAGGUUGAAACAAUUAAUUAAAAACUAUCUGUUUGUAAUAAGUGUGCUUAAGACAUAAUGUGUAUUGUAAAUCACUUAGUGGUUAAAUAAGUGUUCAAAAGCCAAUUUGACCAACAUACUGAUAGUGUGCUUAUGCUGAAAAUACAAAAAGUGAGUCAGCAGGAAGAUGUUCAUUCGCAUAGUUUAGCUUGAUACUGAUCAGAUACUGCUUUGACCCUUGGUUUUAACAAAUUAUACCGUCCUGUAGUCACAAAAACACAAAAUUCAAUUAACAAAUAGAAAUGCACACUCCACAAAGUUACAAACCCAUUUUAUGAAGCUUGGCAUGCUUUACAAAGCUUUUUUUGUGUACUGGGUGGAGUUAUAUGCAGUAUCAAAUUAUUGUUCUAAUCUUGUGCAGUUCAAACCAUUGUCAUCUGCUUUUUUUGGCGUUUAUUGUAUUUUGAUUUGAAUUUUAUGUGAACACAGAGAGUACAAGUAUUUAAAAAAACAUUUUAAAGUAUUUGCCACCUUCUUUUACUACUCUUAUAGGGAAAUGGAAAAUGUUAGUAUUGUAAAUGAUGUUCAGAAUUUUAUGCAUGAUGAGGAAAUAAAUAUUUUAAAUGUAGAACAAAGCACCAUGUGAUACCAGAGUAGAUGUGUCAUUGAGCGUAUACUGUACGUGGCAUGACAAAUACGUGGACAAUUGUUGCUGUAAUGUGUUAAAUGCCAGUCAGACUAAAAAAAUUUGCAUUCUGCAUUCAGCAGCAUGCCUGCUUAAGCUCUCAUCAUUAAAGCUUUGCUUAUCUGCUA